AGUUUCAAGGAAGGGGAAUGAGAACUGCAUGUGCAGAAGUGUUUCUUCUGUGGGUGCUAACAGCUGCUAAGCAUGAGGACAAUAAUCUGAUUGACUGAAAUGCCUCCUGAACUCCUGGAUUCCAACAAAAAAGUGUCAACAGCAGAUUUUCUUCACAAUCUUCAGAAAGAAACCACAUUUCUAGCACCUCCACAGCGCUGAUUUGCACCAGAAUGCUUCAGGCGGACAGUCAGUACACCAAACUGCGCUGGUUGCUAACCCUGGUUGGACUCUUCUUCUAUGUAGUGGACAUUGGGACAGACGUGGCGCUGGCACUGACAUACCUCCAACAGGAGCAGUAUGUGUGGACUGGACUGACUGUACUGUUUGUUCUGGCUGGGCUGUUUGUGACGCAGACCUUUAGCUAUGUCUGGUACAGAGACGACAUGAAGGAUGUUGCUCAGAAGCCUGAGGAGAAAACAACCAUAUCCAGCAUGUCUACAGGUGGACUCGCUGCUCUGCAUCUGUUUGGCAUGGGCAUCUUCACCAGGUACUUUCUCCUGCUGAAAGAUGCCUUCAGUGUGGUUUGGACUAAAUCAAAUUUCUACACACAAGAAGAAAUCAGAGAGGUGAACCACAGACUGUUUUGCCAGGCGACCGAUCUGAGCAUGCUCAAACUGUUUGAAGCUUUCCUGGAGAGCGUCCCCCAGCUUCUCCUACAGCUCUACAUAGUGCUGAGUCUGGAUGAGUGUUCAUUCAUGCAGUAUUUAUCCAUGGCGUUCUCCUUCUUUAACAUCGCCUGGUCCCUGGUUGACUAUCGCCGCUGCCUGCGCAGAUCUCUCCCCCACAUCGGUGAGAUGCCCUCUGGCAUCCCCACCAUCAUCUACCUCCUCUACAAAUUCUGCACCAUCACCAGCCACAUUUUCAGCUACACCCUCCUCCUCAUACUGAGCACCUACAGCACAGUGGCCAUCACCCUCAUGUGGCUGUUUUGGACAACCUGGGCACAUUUUCUUCGAACCGACUUCUGCUCCUCCAGAGGCCUGGAGCUUCUGUACCGGGCCGUUGUCGGUGUCAUCCUCACGUUCACAUUUUUCAACGUUAAAGGACAGGACACCAGAGUAGCUAUGACACUUUACUACAUGUUCUAUUCUCUUGUGAACGUUUCAGCUCCUUUGCUGCUGAGUUUGUUGGGUCCAGAGCUGCAGACAGUCACAUUUCUGCUGACAGUCAGUGCGAUCAUUUAUGGAGGUUUGCUGCUGGGGCUGGUGUGUCUCGUGCUCUUCUACCUCCUCUUACAUCCCAGGGAGAAGUGUCGAGAAGCAGACGAGGUGGACGGCCUGGAAGGGGAAACACAGACCACAAGGAGAAUAAGGAACUUUUUACAGCCUUGAGGAAACUUAAAAAUACAGUUAAGCUUAGUCAUGGUGGUGUGGAGAAGAAUGAUGUCACUAUUCCUUAGUGUAAAACACAAAUACUACCUAAUGUGUUGGUUUCAAUUCCUUACAUAAAAACGCUGCUAUUAGUUAUCUUAUCAUAGUCUGGGUUGGACUUAGUUUUCAUCAUCUAUAUACAGUAGAUGGCUGCCUUUUUAAUGGGACCUUGUACCUAGAUGUAUUGUAAAUACUUUUUUUAUUCAUUUGUGUUUAAAUAAACCUGAUGUUAUUGUA